CCCUCUUCUACUCCCCCUCCUACUGUUCUCUCCCUCUCCCUUCACCCUUCACUCCAACACCGCCUCAAGCCUUUUCCCUCCUUCCCCUUCUCUUCCCCUACCUCCCCCUCCCUCCUUCGUCACGAUCCCUUCUCUGGGCUCAAACCCCGCUACCUGGUCGACCACGGGCCGGGACCACCGCCGGCCAUGAAGACCCUCGAGGCCCUCCUCCAGUACAAUACCACCGACUUUACGUCGGAGCUUGGUGCCUACCUCCAGCGUCUCCUCAAUCGGUCGGAGGACGCGUCCGACUUCCAGCGCUUUCUCCCUCGCCUCCUGGGGACGCUGUUUGGCACUGAAUCUCGGCGUGCUCUGCUGGACCAUGCCCUCUCGCCCAGCGAGACGCAUGGCCUGCUGCUGCUGCUGCUCCCUUCGGGGCCCCUCUUCCGUGUCAUUCUCAGCCAGCACCUGAACUCGGCUGGGGGCCUCGGGGGCUCGGCUUUGUCUUCCGACCCGGAUGCCCCUCCAUCCGGCCAGCAACAUAUCUCUCACUCCGGUGCCGCACUCUAUGAGAUCCAUACCGAUAAGCUCCCGUACUCCGUCCGCCAGGAGAUCAGCCACACUGGCAGCACGCGGGGCUUCUUCCGGAUGUUCCAUACCCCCGGCCAGAACCGGGUGCAUUUGAACAUUUUCCAGUUUUUCAUCUACUAUCUUCUGUACCAUGCCAUCCUCCCUCGGCACUCCCCUUACGGUGCCGGCUAUGGCCAGUCAUCUGGCUUCCAGCAGUAUCCGUACCAGUACCAGCAGCCACAGCAGCAGAUGCCCCAGCAGCCAUAUCGCCAGGCCCCUCAAACUGGCGGCGCCCUCUCGUCGGUGGUGGAUCGCAUGAUGUUCCAGGCGGCCGAGGUGCGCGAGCGCCUCGAGAGUUACAUGGACUUCUCGUCCGGUUGGACCGGCGGGGCCAAGCCCCCCGGUGUGCCGGCAAUCCCGGGCAUGUCUGGCACUCCGACUUCCAAUGUCAGUCAGAUCUAUUACACCCUCAUUCGGGAGUACCUGGCCUUCAUGCUGCCUGUGGCUGGCUCGGUCGAAGCCUCCCGUGCCAAUAUCCAUAGCAUCCAGGAGUUCCGCAGCCAUCCCGGCGAGGUCCAGCACAUGGUGGAGUUCUUCCUCGGAUCGCUGACCGAGCUUUGGGUUGGCCAGAACACCCUCCGGGAUCCGGUGCAUACGGCCCUGGCUGCGGGGCCAAUCUCUCGGCCCGGUGUGGCCUUUGCGCUGGACUUUGCUGGUGAUGCGGCGGCCAGGCUGCCGGCAACUACGCGUUCGACCGCCGCCGCUCCGGCUCUGGGCACCGACCAGCUGACCCUCCCGCCACCGCGCGACUUCAUCGUGCCGACCCCGCUGCUGGCGCAGCUGCUGCCGCUCUUUGUCCUGCACACGACCAACUUUUACCACGCCCGGGUGGCCCAGCUUGGGACCUUGCACAUCCCGGAGGAGACGUGGCUCAGUGCGGCCUGGCUGCGCACCGGUGAGCUGAUUGGCAGCUGCUUUGCCAUUCGAGCUGUGGCGCGGAAUUACGGCCGCAUGGCAGCUCCAACUGGCCCAACUGGCCUCGGGGCCCCGGGGAUGGGCCUGCACCAUGGGACUUUCGCAGGAACCAUGGCCGGUCGCGGGGCUGGGUCCUUCUCCGCCCUUGGCCCUGGACAUGGCCUUGGCUUGUCCUCGACUGGCGGUGUGGUCUCUCCCAGCAUCGAGGCCAAUGCCGCCGCUGUGGAUCGUAUUUUCCAGCAACUCUUCUCGGUUUGGAUUUCGCUCUUGCGGCCCUGGCGCUAUACCGCCCCGGCUGCAUCGGCUGCGGGAUCCGACACCGUGACCCAGCAGCAGCAGCAGCAGCAGCAGCAUCAACAACCACAGCAACUGUCACCCAUCUGGUACAAUUAUGUCUUCCGGCACCUGGCCCUGUACACCCGCAUUGCCCGGGAUUUCUUGGCCUCCCAGUCGCUCAACCACUUGAUCGCCACGCCGCCGAUGCACACGGCCGCCGCUGCCGCCGCUCCAGGGAGUGAUCCUCAGCGCCUGGCCAUCUGGGCGCAUGAACUCGGCAGCGACCUGGCCCUGCAGCGGGCGAUCACUCAGGCCGAGGUGGCCACUGUUCAGCGGGCCUGGCAGCUGCAUCACGAGCAGCUCCGCCUCCGGGCCGGUCAUGCCCUGACGCCGGCCGUCGCCCGCGGUGAUCCUGGUGCUCUGGACACCGAUGAAACGAUUCGCCUGGUGGUGCCAUUCUACACGGCCGAGCGUCAGCCAGCUGUCGAGCAUCUCCGGUCCAUGCUGCAUGCAAUCCUUCGCGCUGGCGAGGCCCGUGGCCUGGUCACUCGCCGACCGGCUGUGCUUCCUGGCCGUCGGCGCCUUGGUGGCUUGGCUGCCGGGCUCAGUGCAGCCGACCCGGCCGCGGGCUCUGGCACUGCCUCGGGCGCCAUGGCUGCCGCUGCCACCCCCGCGAUGUCGGCCACCACCGCGCCACAAGGCCCGGCCGAGGCCGACCAGCGUCGCCACGAGUACAUUGUCGAGGCGGAGUACCAGCUGCGUACGCUGUUUGCCGGCUUGGCUCCUCCGGAUCCUGAGGAGGAGGCUCGCGCCGGGGCACCAGCCGGUAUGCCCGGGUCUGGUGGCCUGGGCGCCGGGCCCUUCGACCAGCUGGCUCUCCUGCAGCAGGCGCAGCAGCAGGCACAGCAACAGGCCCGGCCUCCUGCGGUAUAUGCCACGGCCGAUCCAGCCACCGGUCAGAUCCCCUCAUGGGCCAUGGAGCGCGCGCGUCUUGGCAAGUUGAAGUUCUCCAAUCGCGAUGUGGUCGGUGGUGCGGUGCCUUCGCUGUCUCGCACCCUGGCGGGCACCAGCACCGAACCGCUCCCAGCCAACUUCGCUCCCUGGGCCGACCCUGGCGUGGCACUUGAGGCACCGGCCACCGGCAGUGCCACCAUCUCCUACUGCCAUCCCGGGCAUGCCGUCACCCGGCCGGGCCUGGCUGGUGUCAUCCCCCCAACAGCCGGUCUAAUGGCUGGGUUUGGGCAGCUGCUGGAUGUUGCGCGCAAGGCGCCAGCUGGUGGUCUCAUCCUGGUGGCUACCAUUGCCGGGCAGCCGGUGUGGGCUCCCUCCCCGGAGCCGGCUGUCGGCGAGCACCCGGUCUUGGUCUUUGUCCUUGAGUUCCUGGCAGCCUGGCUGGGCUACUGGCUGCGCUGGCUACUGGAGGGCACGGGGUACAGCCCGCGGGUGCACCUUCGGCCUCUGGCCCGGCCCUUGCGCCUGGCUCUGGCCAUGGUUGUUGCCACGCUGGUGCUGUAUCUGUCCUUCGGCAUGCUGGCCGGGGUAUGGCGCUUCUUGACUGACAACCUCCUUGGCAUGCCGCCGCAGUAUCAGGCAUACUCGGCCGGUGGGCAGUAUCAGCACCACCGGGCUGGACAUACUUUCGGCGGGCAGCGCCAAUAUGGCCAAGAAUUCCGCCCACGGCCUGGUAAUGUUUAGUUGGAUUUCGCUGGCCUGUCCACCUUCCUGGUGGAACAUGCCACUCGAUGAUCCUCUCUUUCUAUCUCGCUCUUUUUUUGCUCCCAUCGCCCAAUACCACUGUACACACACACACACACACAUAUAUGUGUGUGUG